AUGGCCAAAACUCAGAAAAUAGCCCCCUCAAAGCGCUCCCGCGCCGCCCGCCGCGCAACAUCCCCCUCCAUCAACAUCGACAAGUCCCUCAAAAACGCCACCCUCCCAGCAUCUUCUUCGUCCACUUCCGCCGCCGUCCCCCGACCGUCCGUCCUCGCCGCCCGCCACAACGCCGGCGUCACCAAAAAAGUCCGCCGCGGCCGCGCCGUCUCGGCAAAGGGCCGCCGGCGCCAGGAAAAGGGCCUCGAGAUGGCCGAGGCCGUCGUCGAGCGCAUGAGCAAGAAGCUGGAGAAGAGCUUCAGCAAGGCGCGCGUCGUGCAGACCCGGGCCAAGAAGUGGGACGACAUCAAUAAAGAUGUGCUGAAGAGCAAGGAGAAUGCGUUUGCGGUGUUGAUGCAGGAUGGUGACGAAGAAGACAAGGAAGAGAGGGAGUGGGAGACGGAUGAGGAGAUGGAUGGCGAGAAUGCUGUAAAGAGUGCUGCUGCUGCUGUUCAGCCAACGGCAGCUGCACCGAUGCUGGAUGACGACGAUGACGAGAUUCUAUGAUGGGAUUAUGACUGGCGACGAAAUCAUGGCGACUAAUGGAUUUUCCUCUUCUUUCUGCUUAUUUUCUUCGUGGGACUUGGGCGUUGCAGGCAUCAUUAAAAAAAGGAGGUUCUGACUUGAUCAUAUUGGGAAGAUGAAUAAACAGCUCAUCUAUAGAGAUUUACUUUGCGUUGAGAAUGCCGCCUGGAAUAGAUUCUGCCAUCAGAUUUCAAAGGCUCUAUAGUACACACUCAUACAUAUACAUAUAAUGCUUCUAUUAUACACAGGAUACCCCAAAAUAUACAUCAACACCACCAUCC